AUGCAGCUCCCCGCCGUGCCGGGGGUGCUCGCCCUGUCCCUGCUCGCCAUCCCGGUGGCCUUUGGCAUCAACGGAGCGACCGCCUUGGCAGACCGCCCGCUGGUGCUGAUGCUGAUGGGGGUGCUGGUGCUCGCCGGCCUCUUCUCCAUCAUCUUCUUCGUAAGCGGAGUGAGCCACUUCCAGGACCCCCUUUUCUGCGUGUUUGUGGUGUUCUCCUUCACCUCCGUCGUUGACCUGAUCAUCUCGCUGGAGGAGGAUGGCUACAUCUCUGGCUUCGUGGAGGUCUACGUCAGAGAGAGUGAGCCCCACCUGCGCACGGCCCACGGCAUCCUGAUCUGUUACUGGGACGGCGUCAUCCACUACGGGCUCUACCUCGCCAUGAUCGCGGCCAUCGGCCAGCGAAAGAGCUACAGGAACCUGGGUCUCUUCUGGCUGGGCUCUCUGACGAUGAGCAUCGUUGUCUUCCUGCUGGGGAACCUGAUAGGGAAAUACAGCUCUGACCUCAGCCCUGCCUUCCUGCUCAACCUGCCCUACAUCCUCAUCCCCAUCUGGGCUGGGCUGAGGCUCUUCCAGCAGCCCAAGGCCCUGCCGUGCCUCAGUCCCGAGGAGGUCGCGGAGGAGCAGCGCAAGUACCUGCACCAGCGGCCCCAGGACGCGGCGCUGGUCCUGCUCCUGCUCCUCACCGCCGCGUUCACCUUCUUCAGGGGGUUGGUGGUUUUGGACUGUCCCGCCGAUUCCUGCUUCGAGUACAUCUACCAGCACGAGCCGUACCUGCGCGACCCCGUCGCCUACCCCAAAGUGCAGAUGCUGAUCUACAUGUUUUACGUCCUCCCCUUCCUCUGCCUCUGCAUCUACGGGCUGGUGCUGCCCGGCUGCUCCUGGCUGCCCGACUGGAGCUUGGUUUUUGCCGGCGCCAUCACGCAGGCUCAGUUCGCCCACUUGGGCUCCUCGCUGCACCCCCGCACACCCUUCCCCUACCAGACCCCUGAAGAUGUCUGGUGGAGCUUCCUCCUCACCAACGUCCUCUACGCGCUGGGCCCCCAGCUCCUGGCCUUCCGCUGCCUGCGCCGCCCUGCCUUCUUCCUGCCCGCCACCCCCGCCACCCUGCACCGGGGCAAGAAGCACCAGUGA